GUCAAAACAACAUGGCUGCUAUUUUCAUCAGUUUCAAUAAAAUUUAAUGUUUAUCAAAUUCAGAAAGCUUUCGGAUACGUAAAAAGCUAUCCAAUGCCAAGAGCUUUAUCAGAAUCAAAAUAAAGUAUUCAUUAAGUUUAGUCGUAGUAUGCUUUAAUAGAUUCAUACAAAUAUGUCAUGGAUCGGAGGCAGUUUAUCUUCCCUCACUGGCCAGUUAUCGAACUUGACAAAAGACAUACUGACUGAAGGAACAGAGGAAGUUAGCGAUCCCACCACAGAGCUGCAGCUUGCUAAAGACAAGAUCCAGCAGUUAGAUUCUACUCUAUCUUCUCUAAAACAUGAAAAUGAAAGACUUAAACGUAUCAACAAAGACCUGGAGGAAAAAGCUGAGGCCUCUGAGCUUCAGAUCAAUGCUAUCUCCAGCCAGUACAGAGCUGUGCUUGAAACCAGAGAGAAAGAGAUCAAUUCCUUAAAACACCAGUACCAAGAACUGUUGGAGCAACAUGCAAGAACUACUGCCUUAUCCCCUCCCCCAGAUGGUGGAGCCCUGGAGAACUCACCGGGCCCUAGCCAGAGCAAUAGCUGGACAUCACCUGCCUUAGAUGGACAUGACUUUGCAUCACUCAAUUAUGAUGGUGAUGAAGGAGACUGGGACUUUGACGACAGCAUCAGACUGCAGAAAGACAACAAUAAUCUGAGAACAGAACUUCAGCGGCUACAGGUUCAAGUCAAGCACUGGAAAUCUGUUGCUGGACAGUUGGGUCAACAUGCAGGACAGACCAAUGACCAACAGGCAGCAAGUGCUGAAAUACUUGACCUGCAGCACAGGGCCAAGAACUAUGAAGCUGAGCUGGCCAAGAAAACAGAAGAGCUCCAACAGCAGGCCACUUCUCUACAUGAGCAUCAUAGACAGAAGGUGUCCACCCUCAAGCUCAAACACCAGGCUGAGUUGGAUGCUGUCAGGCAGCAGUUGUCUGCCCUUGAGCAACAGCUGGUAGAUGCUGGGGAUGGAGUAUCUGGCUCACAGCGUAGUGGGUCUGGAACCCUGCCAGAGUCUGACAGGCUGGAUCAUGUUGAGAAGCAGGUGGAGCUCCAGAGACAGCUGGCAGAGAGUGUACAAGAGAAGGAGAAGUACUACAAAGCUCAACUCCAUUUACAAGGGGAACUUGCUGAGCUACAACAAGAGGUAGAAACCUUACAAAACCAAGUGACUCAACUCUCUGGUCAUUUGAAAGAAUCAGAGUCCCAGCGUGCAAUAGUUGACCAGCAGCUAGUAGCAGUACAGAAUGAACUGAAGAACCAGCUGACACAGUCUCUCAAGUCAGCAAAAGAUGAGCAGGAAAAAGCUCUAGCUGAAGCUGAGGCUGCUAUAGAGAAUAUUGGUGGGGCUCAGGCCAAAGUAGCCUCAGAAUGUCUGGAGGUUCUAGAAAAAGAAAACCUUUUGUUAAGAUCAGAAAAACUGAAGUGUGAGGAGCAGAUAACUCUGUUGGAAAAGGCUGCAAACACAUUAUCAUCAGAAAGACAAACAUUGCAGCUGAAAGUUAGAGAUUUGCAGUCCAAGUUAAAGGCGUAUACAGAAGUUGGUGAAGACUCUGAUGAUACACUAGACACAGACCUCAGCUCUGUUGGAAGCUCCUCAGGGUACAGAAAUGCUGCUUUACACAUUGACAAUGAUGACAUUGAGAGGGAGCUGGAACGUCUCAAGACACAGCUGCGCCAACAGUCAAAUGACCUGAGUAAUGUUGAAAUGGAGAGAACUGAUUGGCUGAUGGAGCGUGAAGCCCUGGAGGAUGUCAUCACUGAGCUGAGACAGAAGGCAGCAAGUCUUGAUGAGCAGCUACACUCUGUCAAGUCAAGUAAAGCAUCAAGUCAUGAAAGUGAAACAUCCCUUGGAAAGGAAGCAGCUGCCCAGAUCAUGUCACUCAAGGAAGAAAUCUCUAGCCUACAAACAGAUAAAAGUGAACUGGAGAACGCUUUAGAAGAGCUUGACUCUCAACAUAGCCAGGCUUUAGAACAGCUGAUCAAAAACAGGGACCAACUGGCAAGUCAGUUGGCUGAAAAAAGUAAACAAAUACAGGAGCAGCAAAAAACAAUAGAAGAGCUCUCAGUGACAAUAACUCAGCUGAAGGAGUCUCAAGCUGCUGAAGAUAGGGUUGAUGGUUCUCAAGAUGGUCAGUAUUGGGAAGAGAAGUGUAAGCAGCUUGAGCUUGAGAUAGCGCAGUCAAAAGACAAGAAAUCCAGCUCAUCUGAUGUAAACCUGGAGAAGGAGGUGGCUGAUCUGAGACAGAAGCUUCACAAAGGUGGGCUUGUCAUCAAUGACUUGCACAUGGACAAGCAAGAACUGCAGGAGGAGCUGAAGGCUGCCCGUGAUGAAGUGGCUGCUAAAGUGGGUAAAAUUAAAGAGAUGAGAGAAGCCAAUAGCAGGCUGGCUCAUGAGAAGAAGGAUCUAGAGGUCCAGUUGGAGGACAUGAAAGAACAGCUCUCAGAGCUGGAGGAGGAGGUGGAGAAGUGGCAGCAGGUGAAUGAAGACAGACAGCUCCAGCAGGGAGAGCAGGAGAGCUGUCAGGUGCUGAAAUCUAAGCUGGCAGCCGCGGAGAAGGAAAAAGAACUUUUUAGCUUGAACUUCAACCAGCUGCUGACCCAGGAACCCAAGGCUCCCCAAGCUGGCGGGGAGUUCAAGUUUGAGGAUGAGGCUUUCAAGACUAUUCUAGAGGAGGAAGCAAAAGUACGCAGGCAAAUAGAAGCUGAUGGUCGCUUGAUACAAGAUUUAAAAAAGCAAGUGCAGAAAUUGUACGAGGACAAGCAACAGCUAAAAAAAGAGUUACUCCAGCAGGAGACAUUACAUUCCAAGACAACAGGAAAAUUGGUGGGGCUAGAGAAGGAGAAGAAAGAGUUAAAGUUAAGGUUAGAUAGUUUAGCUAAAGAGAAAUCUGAUCUAGAAGAAACAUUGAGUAAAGAGGUAGAAAAUGGUAAAGCCUUAGCAGUCAAACUUGCCUCAGCCCAGUCCAAACUUGAUGAAACAGCCAAGCAGAAUGAGGAGCUGGCCAAUGAGUUUUUAGCUCUACAGAAUGAUAGAGAUAGGCUGGUGACAGAGUUAGAGAGUCAGAAGAAACAUUACGACUCUUAUAUUGAAGAGCUGAAGGCAAGUCAGGACCUUGGGGCAGAGUCUCUUCAGCUGGAACACCAAAAGAUAUUGGAUCUUCAGAGGGAGAAAAAUCUAGAGAUUGAUAGGCUGGAUGGGAUGUUGAAGGUCAAGGCUGGGGUUGAGAGCACCCUGGAAGAAAAGAACCAGGAAGUUGAAACGUUAAAACACGAGGUCCAGAACUUCAAGGAGCAAGUUUCUGAAGUAAAAAGUGAGAUCUCAAGGCUGGAAAAGCUGUGUGCUGACAAGGACAGAGAGAUAGAGGAGCUCAAGUCCAGGAUGUCACAGUUUGACAGAGACCUGUAUGAGAUAGAGGAAUCUGUUUCUGUAGCUGAAGACCAGCACAAGGCAAGCCUCAGUGCCAAGGAUGAAGAGCUACUAGAGCUGAGGCAGAGAAAUGCAGAACUUAAUGACACUUUAAAACAACUCAAUGAGGUGUUAUCACAGUCUGGGGAGAAAGUAGAUGAUGUAAAUGAGCUAAGGAAAGAAUUAGCUCAACUAAAAAGUGAGAUGCUGGCAGAAGAGGAUUCAAGGCAUUCCCUGACUCAGCUGGAGAAUGAGCUGGCUGGUUGUAACGAUGUGAUCAGAAAGUUGAAUGAAGACCUGACUGCAGCCAAGCUGACCAUUGAGUGUCACGAGGCUGGAAUAGCUGACCUGAACCAGAAGGCUGAUGAGCAGAGGAGAUGUCUGGAGAACUCUGAGAGAGAUGUGGCCAGACAGAAGAGCACCAUCGCUGUGCUCAGACAGUCCUCUGUUGACAAAGAGACCCUCAUCAGUGAGGUCAAGGCCAAGCUGAGCUACCUGACAACAAUCCUGACACCACAGCAGAUGGAGAUGUUGAAGAACUAUGCACUCAACCAGCCCAUGCCUGCGCUAGAGUACAAGGAAGUGAUGGCCAUUGAGUUCUCAAGGCAGAGUGAGACGGGCGAGGCAGGUGCUGCCACAUCUGACUCUCAGACAACAGUGAGUGACAGGUCAGACUAUGCAACAAAUGGGUACAUUGUGGAGGAAGAUGUUGACAGUACUGCCUCGGAGCAUGAGAGGUGCUCGCUGCUAGAGAAAGAGAUGAAUGACCUGCGUGGGCGCCUUAAGGAAAAAGAUGCAAUUGUUGUGGAACUUCAGAAAAGCAAUUCAACUCUGCUUUCACUGUUAGAGAAAGGUGGCGGGGACAAGUCUCUGAGUGCUCAAGUUACAAAUCACAAGCUGGAAGCAGAGCUGAGCAGCUUAAGGGCUGAGAAAGAACAGAUGGUGGCAGUGGUCACUGAGAAAUCCAGGGAAAACUCCACAUUAAAAAGUGAAGUGCAUCGUCUGAUGGGGGCACUGGCUGCUGGACAGGCUGCUCUCAACAAACUGCAGGAGGACAACAGAGCACUUCAGCAGAGACAGAACUCACCCCCUCGAGAAAGUGAAGAUGAGGAUGACAUGAGGCGGGAAGCUUUGGCCAACAUGGCCAGGCUUAUCCGCGAUAGAGAAACAGAGAUAGAAGCAUUGAAGCAGAAGAAUGAUACACUUUUGGCCGUCCUGCAGUCUUCUGGUGAAUCCCAGGCUGCCAUUCAUCUGGCGCCAUUGCUGAAAGAUAAGGAAAUCCUCUCCCAACAGAUAGCAAACAUGAGUUCAGAAAGAGAGCAGCUUAUUGCCUGCGUCACACAGAAGCACUCAGAGUGCCUGGCCUACCAUGCUGAAUCCCAGCGCUUCUCUGCUCUUCUUGUUGAGUCACAAGCAGCUUGUGAGCAAGCCAGGAAUGAACAUGCAGCUCUGAUCCCAAAGUUUGAAGACAAAUGUCAGGCACUGGUGGCCACCCAGAAUGAGCUGAUCAAAUGCAAACAGAAAAUAACAGACCUUGAAGUUCGUUACGGUGAACUCAUCCAUCGCUCAAACAGUCAAGAUCAUUCCAAUACAAAUGAAGCUUCUCCUUUGGAGGAAGAACUUCAGCGGCUGAGACAGGCAGAGACAGAGUUGAGAGUUUCAGUGUCCCAACGGGAUGAAAAGAUUCACACGCUGACCUUGCGAGUGAGUGCGCUAGAAGAGGAGAUAUUGGGUAAAGAGACAGAGUGUGCUCACCUGAGGAAGCAGGUGGAGAACAGCAAGUUCCAGCUGACUGGUCUGAUGACAGAGAUGGCUGACAUUAAACAGGAGAGAGAACAGAUACAGAAAAAAAACAGCUUACAGGAUUCAGAGUCUGCUAGCAUCAGAGAAGCUUAUAACAAAAUAUCCCUAGAAGCAAGAGAGAAAGACAACAGCAUAUCUGUACUGAAGGAGCAAGUGUCAACCUUGACCUCACUGCUGCAGGAGCAGCAAGGUGAACAAGGUCACAUCACCAAGCUGAUGAGGGACAACGAGGCAGCUGUGGCCAUCACACAACAGCUGCAGCAGGAGAGAGACUACAACGCCAUGGUUGCCCAGCAGAGACUCCAUGAAGCCACUCUGCUACGCAAUGAGAUUACACAAUUGAAGGAGAAAGAAUUGAAAACAUCCAAAGAAAUAGAACGGUUGCGGAGACACUUGAUAGAGAUGGAAGAUGGCUACACUAAAGAAGCUUUAGAAUCAGAAGAAAGGGAGAAAGAUCUACGUAACAAACUAGCUCUUGCUGAGGAAAGGCUUAUGUCUUCUUCUUCAAGGGAGGAAAUGGCUAGCCAAGAGGCAAGUCGCCAGAUAGAAAGUCUACAACAACAGCUGCAGCACAUUGCCAGCCAGAGGGAUGCAGCCUACAUGCAGGUGGCCAACAUACAAGAACAGUGCCAGCAGUAUGCCACAUCUCUCAGCAAUCUGCAGCUUGUUUUGGAACACUUCCAGAAAGAAAAAGAUUCAGCAAUAGCACUUGAGACAGAAUAUCUUCAGAAUGAAUGUAGAAUUUUAAAAAUUGAGCUUGAGGAACAAAACAAAGAGCUGGCUGCAACUAAGGAUGAUUUAUCAGAGGCCUUAGAUGGUUUAGAGGCAGCAAACAGGCUGAGUGAGCUGUUGGACAGGAAGGAGGAGGCUCUAGCUGCACUCAAAGAAGAAGUCCAGUUAAGAGAGAAAGCUCUAGAAGCUGCUGAAGAAGAAAUCAGAAAACUAAGCUCAAGUACAGAAGCAAAAGUUGACAAAACAUUAAUGCAUAACAUGGUCAUGACCUGGCUGACCUCUCCUGAAAGCAAGCGAAUGGAAAUAGUUCAUCUGAUUGGCCACAUACUUUGCUUUUCAGAUGACGAUUUUCAAAAAAUUGAAGUUGCCCAAAAUAAAAUUAGUUUGCUUUCUGGAAUCUUCCGAAAACAAGCUGGUACCCCUACCAGUACACCUGUAAAACCUGCUAAUCAGUCUUUCUCACAGCUGUUUGUGAAGUUCUUGGAGAAAGAAUCCUCUCCACCUCCAUCCCCUGUUCGUCUUCCAGCCGAGGCCAUGGCAGCAGAGACACAACAUCGGCACAAGCCUGCAUUUAACCCAUUCACAGCUCCCCGUCAUGUGGUCCAGGAUGGCCAAAGAUCAUCUUCCCCAUCUUCUCAUCUGCUCAUAGCCAAUGACAUCAGCACUAGCCCCACCCCAUUUUUUACCCCACUGACCAGCCUUCACACCUCAGAGUCAGCAAUACUAAAAAAUGUGUUGGAGAAGAGGUGACAGCACUCCAAAACAUAACUUGUACAUAUCCUAGAUAAAUUAUAGCUAGCACCAGGUUAAAAAUUGGGUUGGUUUUUUUUUUCACAGACCAAAUAAAACAAUUAGUUGUUGAGAAUACAAAUACUGUUGCAUCUUGUGCAUUCAUUUCUCUUAUUGAUAGGAGUUUCUAGCAAAUGCAAAUGAUAUAACUUACAGAGCAGUGUAAAUUUGAAGAUACUGUUGAAACUUACAUGCCAUUAAGUAAUUAGUUUUCUUACUUAGGCUAGAAUGUACCAGGGAUAUUUUAAUAAGAUCACUUGUUUGAUUUAUAAAAUGUUUGCUUGAUUAUUUUUAACUUUUGUGGGUAAAAUGUUUAGUUAAAAUAGCGACUCUUUUUUGCUACCAACAUUGGUUUCUUUAUAGACCUGUUAUUUUCUUCUGCCUAGUUUAAUUUCUCAAUGAAGUAAUUUCUUUGAUCUUGAUGGUGAGUAGGUUUCAUCUCUCUGUUCAGACAUUUCUAGUUUUAGUUUACCUUUUGUUUCUCUUAAUAUUUCUUAGAGUUAUAGGGUACAUUUUUCCUGAACUAAUGAGGUGGAUUUUUUAAUUUUACUGCUAUCAAAUAAUCCAAACAUCUCUCUGGAAAAGGUGG